CUAUGUUUCUUUCGGAUAAGAGACUUGUGUUCUUAGAGGAAAAACCUGCUCCCCACUUGUACCGUGUGUUCCAUGUCUCUUUUCCUUUACCAUUUUUGUACUGUGGGAAAGAUGAUGAAACAAGGACUAUGGAAUCAUUCCCAUUUACCGGCACGUUUCACAUCGGAUCAACGUUCAGCCACACAUCGAAACGGAAUAGAACAUCCGUUUAAGCUAAAAGAAACCUCUCUUGGCUCUCCUGUUUCUAGUUUCUACUGUAUAAAUUUUUCUGCUUCUGCUCUCUCUCCCGCUCUCACAUAGAAAAAGCGCAUGGACCCCCUGGCCCGCACCUUCGUCAAGCUCCUGGCUUUCGACUUCCUCUCCCUAAGGUACCAACCCCAUCCCCACGGCUUCUGCUCCUCGGGGCCGACCUUCUCGAGGAAAGGGAGGUCCAUCUUCAGGGCGGAGGCGGUUGGAGUGGUGGUGGAAAGGGAGAGGAAGGAGGGCUUCCUCCGCUUCCUCGUGGACGACGGCACCGGCUGCAUCCCCUGCAUCCUCUGGCUCAACCACCUCUCCCCCUCCAACCGCAGCUCCUACCUCGCCAGGAGGAACCCCUCCGACCUCGAGCUCGCCGCCAAGCACGCGGCUGACCAGGCAGAAGGGGUUCAGCUCGGCAGGCUCGCCCGGGUUCGCGGGCGCGUCACUCACUUCAGAGGCUCCCUGCAAAUCACCGUCUCAUGCGUCACCAUCGAGAGGGACCCCAACGCGGAGAUCCUCCACUGGCUGGACUGCAUCCGCUUGGCCACCCAAUGCUACGACCAACCCCCUCCUCGCCGAUAGCCCCCACUGCUUGCUUCAAUGCGUACUCUCUCUCUCUCUCUCUCUCUGUCUCUCUCUCUCCAACAAUCUUGUAUGAAAAUGGGCUCUCAGAAAGGCCCCAACUUGCUCACGCAUAGAAGAAAUUCGUGAUUCAAGAUUAUCCUCGAUGACUGUCUCCUAAGAGGCCCAUGUAGUAAUCAAGCAGUGGAUACUCCAUCUCUUCCCGUCACUAAACCAGUCAAUGUAGAGUUGUCCAAACAAAAGAAACGCUUUCAGAAGAGAAGACAACCGCCAAAAACAGAGCAGCACUUCCAGAAGAUGAUGACCUUUUUUUUCCCCCUCUUUGGGUGGUUCUCGCUCUUAUUUAUUCCAUAGCAAAAUUGAUUGCUUAAAACUCUGCAGCUUCUUCAAGUAUAUCUGUUUCCUGGCUGAAAGUGAUCAUUUCUACCGCUGCUUUCAUGUUCUGACGGUGGGAGCAGAGCAGAGCGAUCAGUGAAUUCCUCCAUCUUUGAAAGAUUUGGUGCAAUUUCCACCCGUAAAUGUUCCUUUUGUUAAGCAUAAUUCCUUUUGUUAAGCAUAAUUCCUUUUGUUAAGCAUAACAAGCAAUCCCUUCUAUGUAACGUGGA